UGUCAACAAACAUCCGAAGCUCUGAAUUUCUGCUAAAAUUGUUUUAAUAAUAGGUUUAGUUUUUUGUGUUUUAACUAAUUUAUUGUGAAUAAAAAAAAGUUUUAAUGUGUUUAAUAAGCAGCUAAUGAAAAAAACGUGAAAACUCAGUUUUAAAACUGUGAAAAAAGCUUGCAAAAAAUUCAAACUCCCUUGCGCGAUGGACCCGUCCGUCGACUUCGAUCUGGCCAAACUGUGCCGGUGCUGCCGCAAGCGGGGCUCGGGCCUGCAGUCCAUCUUCACCUUCGUCUGCAAAUCCGGUGCCGCCACACUGCACGAGAUGCUGCUCAGUUGCAUCCCCCAGUCGCAGCUCCAACCGGACGACGGUCUGCCGGAGCAGCUGUGCUCGCGGUGUAUCGCCGCCGUUAGCUCGGCGUACCAGUUCCGGAAGCGGUUCGAGGAGAGCGAUGGAAUUUUGAGGGCGUAUGUGAAGGAGAGGGGUCGACAGGGGGAGAGCUUGCUUGGGGGGAUGUCUGUGAAGGUGGAACUGGUGGACAUUAAGGCGGAGCAGAUUAUCGUUGAGGCGAAUCCGCUGGUUGAGGAGGAGCAGGAGGAACAGGUGGAACCCGUCAAGGUGGAGCUGCGAAUGGAUUCCGAUGACGGAAGUGAAUUUGUGGGGGAUGAUAAUGUGGACUUUAGUUCGGAGGAGGAGCAGUACGAGGAGAAGCCCAAAGUAAGUGGUGAGAAGAAAAGAGUCAGGAAUCGGAAGAAGCCGGAUCCGAGCGAGUACAAGGAAUGUCCCACGUGUGGGAAGAAGUUUGAUACAAAGUAUCACUUGGACAGACACGUGAGGGCGCACAAGAAUGACACCCAGUGCGAGCAUUGCGAGAAGCGAUUCUCGGCCAUGGAUUACAAGGACUAUCGGAAGCACAUGCUGACGGAUCAUCCUGGGAUGGACAUUCAACCGCACAGGAAAUCGACGGACAAGUCGGAAGCUCGAGACGACGAGGGUAGUGAUAAUGUGCCAAGUGCCAACGAGCCGGACGAGGACGACGAAGACAAGCCCGCUGGUAAAAAGAAAAGAGCCGGGAAACGGCGAGGUGCGAACGAGUACCGGGAAUGUCCAAUAUGCGGCAAGGGUUUCCCCUCGAAGUAUCACCUGGAGAGGCACGUUAAAACGCACAACAACGACACCAGGUGCGAGUUCUGCGACCAACAGUUCUCCGCCACGGCUUACAAGGAGUACUGCGAGCACAUGCAGCUGGAACAUCCCGGAAUGCCGGUUCAACCGCACAAGAAGACAAAACCCAUUGAUAAUUCGCUGGUCGAAGAAUUCUUCAAAAGUAUUCAACAAAAGGAAAUUUCCUGCAAGCUGUGCGAUGCCAAACUUGAGCGGAUCGCAGAGUUGCGGAACCACCUACGAACUCACUCCGAUCCCAGCACGCUGAUCAACGCAGGCAUCCCGACAAAGACGUUCCUCUUCGCGGAGGGUUACGUCCCGGACAAUUACCUCGACAUCUUGGUUCAGCAAAUCAAUAACUGGGACGUACAACGCUUCUACCAGAUCGUCGAACCCACCGGCGAAGAACUCACCUUAAGCGAUUCCGACUCCGACCCGGAAGACCUCGUCCAACGAGUCCACACCUGCUUCACCUGCCACCAGAGCUUUCCCCGGCUCAAACUCCUCACCGACCACGCCGCCACCAGCCACAACCCCGAACAACUCCUCACCUGCCAGCACUGCCAGCAGCAAGGCUUCCCAAACAACACCAUCCUAGAGCGUCACCAGCGGCAGCAGUGCGCAAACAGCGCCAAAAAGUUCCUCUGCGCCAUCUGCAACACCAAGUUCAUGUGGCAAUCCAGUCUCGAUAAACACGCCGCCGCCAACCACGCCAACCCGUCCGCCGAUCCGCAGCAUGAUUCCGGCAAGCGGUUCCUCUGCCCGAUGUGCAACAAGGGCUUCACCCAGAUGCACCAUCUCAAGCGGCACGUCCGCGGCCACGUGCCGUCCGAGAAGAAGUUCGAGUGUCCGGAGUGUCACCGGAAGUUCCACCGCAAGGACAAUAUGAAGUUUCACAUGCGGACGCACCAGCCGAAGCGCGAGGACGAACCGCCCAAGCAGACGCACCUGUGCUCGCUGUGUGGACGGGGGUUUACGUCGAAUUACAACUAUGUGGUUCAUAUGCGACGGCACACCGGGGAGAGGCCCUUCAAGUGUGAUCAGUGUGAUAAAGCUUUCCCGCGUUCGCUGGAUUUAACGUAUCACAAACGGACGCACACUGGCGAUAAACCGAGCGUUUGCAACAUAUGUGGCAAGGCAUUCUCGCGCCACCACCGCCUGGUCCGUCACAUGCGCGUCCACACCGGCGCCCGGCCCUACGCUUGCACCUACUGCGACCGUACCUUUACCCAGUCCAACGACCUCACGCUGCACAUCCGACGCCACACCGGCGAGAAGCCCUACUCCUGCCCCAUCUGUAACGAGCGCUUCAUCCAGGGAACGGCCCUGCGCGCCCACCAGCGCUCCGUCGGCCACAUCACCGAGGAGACACUGCUUCCGGUGAGCAACUACGGGCGCAGUUUGCUGGAGGGUUGUCGUAGUUUAGCGAAUCGGAAUUCGUCGGAUGCCCCAGCGGAGGCGCAGCUUGCCGUCCUUGAGGUAGAUUUCGGCGCGGCUUUUGAGCAAAAAGUCCGGCAUGAAGAGGACUCGUUCGAGCGUGCGGCCGCUCUGUCGCAGGGUCCACCCGUUGGCGUCGACCGUGAGCAGUUCGACAAAGUACUCGUGGCACGUGGGAGGGUCCGCCGGGGGACCGUCUUCGCACUGGCCAAUCGUGACGGCCAUGUGCCUGCGCUCGUGUUCGGUGGCGCCCUGGUUCAGUCUGACUUCGAGUCGCCAAGCGAUUUUGUUCGCGUCCAGCAGCGUUUGGGAUUGAGUCGUGCGGCUGGUCAGGAAGUCCGGGAUCGUGAGGUGGCCCUCGACGAACUUGGGCAUCCGUUUGAGGUUGUGAUCAGCAGGAAUCUGCUUCAGUCUUUUACCCAACACGAGGGUGCUCCGCUCGGCGUCCGGAUCCAAGGGGACUAUGGCCACGCGCAGCUUGAGAGUGCCGUCCGCGGCAAAGUAGCCAUCGUCGCGCAGCUGGGACAAGGCAGCGAGCGUGCUGCAGUAGACCGUCCGGAGGCGACUCACUUCCAUCGAAUCGCUGCGCUGGAAGCUCUUGAGUGGAGAUUCGUGGAUGAAGCGCACCAGCAGCUGGAAACGUCCCAUCACGCCACGGCACUGGCUCGUGUCGACGUCCAAAAUCAACCAGUCCAUGUCCUUGCGGAGGCGCAACUGCCACGGAACACCGUACUGAUCACGGAUGGUGGUCGCGCUCGUGGCAUCUUCCACGAUUCCCACACUGAUGAUCGACGGAACCUACUAGGAGUGGUCGUACUGCGGCAGCGGCACUUUCACCUUCGCCGGCUCCACGUCCUGCGCCAGCCGCGCCACAUCGAACAGCUUCAUCAGCUGAUCCUGCUGCUUGGCCUGCAGGCUCUUCAGCAGCUGCCCACUUUCGUUCCGGAGCGCCCGCUCGACCACCUUCUGCAUCUGCUUCUUCGGGUCGAGCGCGCUCAUAAUUUCCGCAAGCUCCCCCGCCAGCACCGCAUUUUGCUCCGGCGGUUUUUCCUUCGCUUCCGGCUGGUCCUUGUCCUUGGGCAGCACGUCAAAGUGGUGGCACAGCACCCACAGGCUGUGCUCGAUCUCCUCCAGCUUCCGGGCGUGCUGCUCGUUGGUGAUGUGGUCCGGCAGGACGGGGCGCUUGUAGCGUCGGUCGGCCGUCGUGGUGGCCACGUCGAAAAAGACGAUCGCCGGACACGACCGAAGCCCAUAUCGUCGUCCUCGGACUCGGACUCUUCCUUCUUCUCCUCCUUGGCGGCGGCAGCCGGAGCGGCCGAAGCAGCAGCAGCAGCCGGGGCAGCGACCGCGGCGAACUUGCUCGGGUCCUUGAUGAACUCCUUGACCGUUUCGGCCUCCUUGAACUCGACCUCGGUGACGGCGGCGAUGGCCAGCAGGUUGCGGAAACCGUUGGCAAUGCUGUGCGGCACGGAAGCCAGCGUCGGAUCUUCCGGCUUGAUGUCCAGAAUCUCCGGCGAGAAGAUCGAACCAGAGUCGUACACCUGCUCAAUCUGCAGACCGUACGAGAACGGCGAGAUGUUCAACAUGUUGAGCAGCGUGGCCUCGGAAGCUCCGACCUUGUCUCCGGGCUUCAGAAUGGGCACAUCGUUGAUGAUUUCAAUCGUACCCUUGGAAAUCUUGGUCGGGAUGGACAGCGCCUGGAAGAAGGAGGUCUUCUCGGGGCCGAGACCGGUGUUCUGGGCCGGGAUGAUGACCUCCAGCGGAGCGAUGGCACCAGCACGAGCCGGGGCACGCACCUUGCUCUCCAUCAGCUUGUCGCGGAUGUCGGCCAGAUCGCCCUUGGUGAACACGAAGCCGACGUUGCCGCGGAUGUGCGGCAGCAGCUUCUCCAGGACGAUGGCCGAGCCACGGAGCGAGAUACGGAUGGUCUGCAUCUGGCGGGAACCGACAUUGUCGGCGCCCACGAUGAAGCACUUGGGGUACUCAUCGAGCAGUUGCUCACCUUCGGAGCGCUUCCAAACAAUGGAGGUAAUCGACAUGAACCUCGAGUACGACCUGGCCCGCAUAUGCCGGUGCUGCCGUCGCGACUCCCCGGAUCUGCAACCCAUCUUCCUGGACGGUGCCGCCGUCGCAGACGGCACCACGCUGUACGAAAUGCUCGCCAGCUGCACCCAGAGCCAGCCGAACUUCAACGACGGCUUGCCGUCGCAGCUGUGCGGGGAUUGCGUCUCGGAGGUGACCACGGCGUACGGGUUCCGCAAGCGGUACGAGCAGAGUGAGUUGCUGCUGCGGGAGUAUCUGUCGCGGAGGAAGGUGGAGCCUGCGGCCUGCGGGGUGAAGGUGGAGGAGCUGUUUGACGUGAAGACGGAGCUGAUCGUGGUGGAGACCGUUGGGGAGGAGGAGGAUGAGUUGAUGACGGUGGAGUUUGUGGAGGAGAGUGGGGAGGAUGAGGAUCAAGAUUAUGAGGUGGGGAGUUUGGACGAGAUGAUUGAGGAGUUGGAGGAGUUGAAGCCGCGGCCGAGGGGGCGGAAGGCGAAUGGGUAUUCGAAGAUUAAGGGGGAAGGGUUUGGGUGCGAUUCUUGCGAGCGGGUGUUUGCGGAUCGUCGGGGGAUUACGAACCACGUGAAGCAGCAUGAAAGGAAGGAGGUGAAGCAGUGUCCGCUGUGCAGCCGGGAGUUUACCUCGUCGUAUCACUUGAAUAGGCACGUGAAGAUGCACGAAAACGACACGGAUUGCGGGGUUUGCGGGAGGAAGUUUGGGCUGUAUCAUGACUACAAGGACCACAUGGCGGUGGAACAUCCGGGGGAGGCGUUGGUGGAACCGAAGAAGUCGGAGCGGUCGGAGCGUGAGCUGGCUCUCACGUUGACGGCGGAGCUGUUGGAGGAUCCGGGCAGGAUGGAAGCGAUUUGUCGGAUUUGUGACGCCACGUUUGAGCGGAUAGCGCAGCUGAGGAGGCAUCUGCGGACGCACGAGGAUGUGAAGUCGUUUGAGAACGUCAACAUCGCCAACAAGCCGUACCUGUUUGAGGAAGGUUACGUGCUGGAGAACUACCUCGAGUACCUGGUGCAGCAGGUUUGCAAGGGGAAUCUGUUGCGAUUCUACCAGAUUGUCGAGCCUGACGGUGAGGAGUUGGAACUGAGCGAUUCCGACACGGAUGGUGAAGAUGAGGAAGUGGUUCGACGCGAGCAUGGUUGUGGCCUCUGUCAGCAGAGCUUCCCGCGGAUUAAACUGCUCCGCGAGCACGCUAAAAGUUGCCAUCGUCCGGAAGAAUUGAUCGGUUGCAAGCACUGCGCCCGAGGCUUCCCCAACACGACCCUCUUCAUGCGGCACCUGCGCCAGCAGUGCGAAAACACCGUCAAGAAGUUCCACUGCACCUUUUGCAACGAAAAGUUCAUGUGGCAAACCUCGCUCAACAAGCACGCCCAGCACCACCACAAACCCACGAAACCGCUCUGGGAGCGACCCGGCGACGAGUCCGGAACCUCAGCCGCGAACGAAGAAUCCGCGAAAAAGUUCGUCUGCCAAGUCUGCUCCAAAGGCUUCCAGCGGCUGGAACACCUCGAGCGCCACAUCAAGAUCCACAUCCCGUCGGAGAAAAAGUUCGAAUGCCCCGUCUGCCACAAAAAGUUCAACCGCAAGGACAACCUCCGCUCGCACCUCAAAAUCCAUCAAAAAGACCCCGACGCGGACGCCGACCCCGCCAACAAGCAGAACCAACUGUGCGUCUACUGCGGCCGCGGCUUCUCCAACUCCUCCAACCUCAUCGUCCACAUGCGACGCCACACCGGCGAACGCCCCUACCGCUGCGACAUCUGCGACAAGGGCUUCCCCCGCUCCUCGGACCUCCAGUGCCACCGCCGAACGCACACCGGCGAAAAGCCCUGUCUCUGCACCAUCUGCGGCAAGGGCUUCUCCCGCUCCAACAAACUGGUCCGCCACAUGCGCAUCCACACCGGCGCCCGGCCCUACUCCUGCUCGUACUGCGACCGCGCCUUCACCCAGUCCAACGACCUCACCCUGCACAUCCGGCGCCACACCGGCGAAAAACCCUACGUCUGCGGCGUCUGCAACGAGCGCUUCAUCCAGGGCACCGCCCUCAAGGCCCACCAGCGCGCCACCGGCCACAACGACGACGGCGCCACCCAGCCGGAACGCUUCGCCGCAAUCAGCGUCAACAACCCGCACCGGAUGGGCGUGAACGGGCCGAAGGCCCUGCGACAAAGCGCCACCGUCAAAGCGGUCAAGUCGCGCAAGAAGAAGGCGGCCGCCGCCGUAGAACCGAUGACCGUCGUCGAGGAGGUGGUCGCGCCGCCACCGCAACCGUACGUCCCGACCGUGCCGUCGUACGUCAUGCAGAACUACGACCUGACGGCCGGCGGGUUGUUUGCGCAGAGUUUUACCCAGCAGUAGGCGGGGAUUUUUGGUUGUGUAAUCACGAUUUGCAAAUAAAACGAAUAAUGCCGUCGACUCUUGCGAA